GUCCGUCAUACACUCGCCUUGAUCGUCUAGACUACGAUGGCUGAAUGUGACACUCCAGAGACCAAUGGCGAUAUAUCCAUUAUUACCCUAGAGCAUAUGCCACAGCAAAUCCAUGCCUGGACGGCUGACGAUGACUGGACCGGCAUCGCAGAUUCGAAGCAGAGACGGAAGUUGCAGAAUCGGCAGAAUCAGCGAAAGUGGCGCGAGAGAAAGAGGGCGGAUAAUCAAGGUCGCCAGCUAGCAUCACGAGAGAAGACAGUCUCUGUUCCAGGUUUUGAUUCAUCGUUGGACUCCACGGUAGAGAAAAUAACGUGUUCCCAUGCCCCACCAGACGCUACAGAGUAUCUACGGUCCUUUGAAGCUGCAGUCCGUCUCAGUUAUAUGACCAGAUCACCUAGAAGCGAGCAUCUGAUCGGCCUCACGCGACUAAAUGUACACCGGGCUAUAAAUGAGAAUAUCCGGGCAAUUGGAAUGGACCCUCAUUGGACUUCCUGCGAUGAAUCAAUCUCAAUUUUUAAUCUGUCUCCUCCGAUACCUAGCUUGUCCUUGGAGAAAAUCCCAGCUAGUUUGCGUCCAACACAAAUACAACAAACGGUGCCACACCACCCAUGGCUAGAUUUCUUCCCUUUCCCGCGAAUGCGAGAUAUACUUAUUGCGGCGGAAUGUUUAUUUGAUGAUGAUGACCUUUGUCAUGAUCUAAUGGCGUUUUGGGAUACAAGGAAUACAGGAGCGACAUUAGUUGUUUGGGGCGAGCCAUGGGAUCCAAGAAGUUGGGAGGUCACAGAGGGUUUUGCAGAAAAAUGGGGGUGGUUGCUGAGAGGGAGUACGGAACUGCUGGUGUCGACGAAUUAUUGGAGGCGGAAAAGGGGAGAGCGGCCGUUGGUUUGGGGGAGAAUUCUGGAUGUACAGUGAUAAUCUAUGGGUACGAGGUUGGUCACGAUAUUCAUAAAUGAAGGUGUAGAUAUAUCCGUCAUUAUAUUUAAUUGACCCAUGAAGACUUGG